AUGUUCUUAGAGUUUUCUCCUCUUGAAGAGCAUUACGGUGUAGAUGAGGCCAUGAUCCCCUACUUUGGUAGACAUGGCUGCAAACAGCACAUAAAAGUACCGAUGACACAAGUAGUCGCGAUAGCUGGUGAGCCGGUCUACCUUCCCUGCGAUAUCGCCACUCAAGACGAAGACGAUGCCGUGCUGCUGGUGCUCUGGUACAGAGAAGAUCUCGGUACGCCAAUAUACAGCGUGGACGCCAGAGAAAAGGAUUUUGGUAUAGCGGAGCGAUGGUCAGACGAAAGUGUGUUUGCGUCGAGGGCAUACUUCCUGCCCGAGAGGAGACCAGCAGAGCUCGGAGUCGAUCGAGUGAGGUCCACCGAUCAGGGGAUCUACAGAUGUAGGGUGGACUUUAAGCAGGCCCAGACCAGAAAUUCUAGGGUUAAUUUAACUGUUAUAGUGCCGCCCAACAAGAUGGUGAUAACAGAUGAUAAAGGAGACAUGAAGCAAGCGAUAGUGGGCCCCUACAUCGAAGGCGACUCCUUCACCCUGAAGUGCGAUGUUUCUGGAGGUCGACCCCGGCCUUGGGUGAAAUGGUAUCGAGAUGAAGUGGAAAUGGAUACUCCAGUGACUGUGCUAUCUGGGGGCGCGGUGCGAGGGGUUUUAAGAGUUGGUCCUCUCACCAGGACUGACGUCAGAGCAGCGUUCACUUGCCGGGCAUCGAACCACCUACGAUCGCAUCCAAUCGAGACUACGUUAACGUUAGAUAUGAAUUUUCCCCCACUAACAGUUCACAUCCUAGGAUCCAAUCAGCCCUUGUCUGCAAGACGCAGAUACGACCUGCUCUGCCAAAGUGCUGGCUCUCGACCACCAGCAUCAAUCACGUGGUGGAAGAACGGGCAUCGGAUAAAUAAUGCCAAAGAAACGUUGUCCACAGAUGGGAAUACGACAACAUCCACCGUGUCCCUCCAACUGACCAAGUCAGACGCGGGCGCCAAGCUUGCCUGCCGCGCGUCUAACCCUCAGAUGCCUUCAGUAGCACCUUUAGAAGAUGACUGGAUAUUAGAUAUUCAAUAUGUACCAGAAACAGUGGUGCGGUUAGGGACCAAUCUAGACCCGCGGAACAUUCGUGAAGGAACAGAUGUCUACUUCGACUGCAUCAUCAGAGCUCACCCCUACGUUUAUAAGGUGGAAUGGCGGCAUAAUGGCAAAACUCUUAUACACAACGUGGGCCAAGGCGUCAUCAUCAGCAACCAAUCGCUGGUGCUGCAAGGAGUCGGGCGCAAAACAGCUGGAAACUACACCUGCGUAGGCUUCAAUGCGGAGGGAGAUGGAGAAAGCAAACCAUUUUCGUUGGACGUCUUGUAUGCCCCAACAUGCAGAAGCUCCCAGCAAAGGGUGCACGGAGUAGCGAAGCAGGAGCGAGCUCACAUAUCAUGUCACGUUGAUGCCAACCCGCCUGAAGUUAGCAACUCCCGAAUGUUGUUACAGUUCCGUUGGACGUUCAACAACACGGCCAACAGCAACGAAGUGAGUGACACGUACAUCUCCCGAGCCGGGACGACAUCCACAGUCACGUACACACCGCACACGGAAAUGGAUUACGGGACGCUUUUGUGCUGGGCCCACAAUAGGAUCGGCAAACAGAGGGUUCCGUGCGUGUAUCACAUUAUUGCCGCCGGACGUCCCGACCAAGUCCACAACUGCUCAGUGGUGAACGCAUCACUCACGUCGUUUGGGAUUCGAUGCUCCGAAGGCUUCAAUGGAGGCAUGCCGCAAUCUUUUCUUCUCGAAGUCAGAGAAAUUUUAACGCAGGAACUAGUCGCGAAUGUGUCCAGUGCCGUUCCUCGGUUUACGGCCAUUGGGUUAAUACCUGGACGGACAUAUGCGGCGGCUGUGCUAGCAUACAAUGCUAAGGGCAGGGGAGAUCCCUACCCCCUACGUGCCAGUACUCUUAGGCCCCCCGAAAAACACCACGUCCAUGACAAGAGCUUGGACUUACCAAGAACAGCAUUUCAAAUGUCUGGAGCCAUGUCAGCAGCCGUCGGUGUCGGUGGUGUGAUCAUGGUGGUAUUGGUACUGUUCCUCAUUGGGGUGAAGCAGAAAUGCGCGAAACGGAAGCCCAGGUCUGGUCCACCUCCGUCUUCGCAGCCCGGCUCUCCAGAUAAACUGAGAGAAAAGGAUGAUAGUGAAAGUGAUGACCGAAAUCCAGAUAUUAUCCCGUCUGAUACGGAUCACUUACAGCUAGAUUACUACAGAAAGCAACAAGUAUCGACGAUAUCACCUCCUCCUGGGUCCAGAAUGCCCCGGGGAAGUGUGGCCGGGGUGAGGGGCAGUAUCCCCGCUUACUGUCCUCUGAGGACCGCGCCGCCACAGCAUCAAACCAUGAUUGAUAGUUCGCUGAGUCAAACCCAGCAAGGGAUCCCGCCACCCGCGGGCUUCGGCAGUGGUUCGUGUACAUUGCCGCGCGGGUCCAGCGCGGGCCUUACAGCUAUGGCGGCGGGCGACCGAUGUAUCCCACUACAGCAUUUGCGCACGUUGCCCAGACCGAUGGCAACGCCGACUCCGUUGCCACGACAUCCCCCCCGCGACACCCCCCUCUGA